AUGGCUGGCAAAUCCCUCUCCAACUGGGUCCUUCCGCCGCUCCCUUCGUCCGUUCUCACCGUUCUUCCCGCUCGCCUCACCGUGGCUGAUGCUACCGCCGACAAGCACUCGGUCACCCACUCGAGCUAUCAUUGCCUCGCUAGUAACCCAAACUCGCUAGCGCUAGAUGAGCCCACGCCAGACUACGAGAAGCUGGAGCACGUAGGGGAUGGGAUCGUCGGCUCGGCGGUGAUCAUGCUCCUGCAUCGUCUGUACCCGGGUCUCAAGCCUGGUCCCGCUACUUUCCUCAAGAGCCAGAUCUGCUCCAACGCGGUACUCUCCCAGAUAUCGGUCCAGCUCGGUCUCCCUCGGCAGCUCAAAUCUCACGUCUCCCAGAUUAUGCAGCACCAAGCCAACUCCUCUAUCCAGGCCGCCCUCUUCGAAGCCCACAUCGGCGCGAUCGCAGCUAGCGACUACCGGUCCAUCACCAUCAGUCCGACCCUCUCGACGUACCUCGAGCGCAUCUUCGAGCCCAUCGUCGAGUGGGCCUUCGGCGCGAUGAGGGCGUACCACCAGGAGCUGGUCACAGGGGACUGGACGGAGGAAAUUGAUCGUAUCGCAGUCGGGGCGAAGAACACGCUGGAUACCUGGGCGCAGGGAAAGACCGGGGGCAGGGUGGAGGUGCGGACGGAGGAGACAGUCCCGCCUUUCACGGCGGUGUGUAUCGUCAAGUUGCCGGAUGGACGCCAGUUGCAGACGUCAGCGACCCGCACGACCAAGAAGCUCGCGUCGGCUGCGGCUUCAUGGCAGAUGUGCGGAGAGCUCAAUCCACCUCGGCGAGAAAUUUCCGAGUAG